AUGACGUGGAGGAGCCCGCUGGCCCUGGUGAGGGAUGCCCUGCGAGGUCAAAGGGCACGGGAGAAUGAACUCCGCAGCUUAGAGUCUAAUCUACCUUAUGAAGGAUUAGAGAAGGGAAAGCAACCUAACCGCUACUUCCCAUCAAAUGCCAUCAAGACCACAAAAUACAGCCUCCUCUUCUUCAUCCCCAUGAACCUUUAUGAGCAGUUUCACCGUCUGGCCAACCUCUACUUUGUGGGGCUUGUUAUUCUGAACUUUAUCCCUGAAGUGAAUGCUUUCCAGCCAGAAAUAGCCCUUAUCCCAAUUUGUGUCAUCUUGUCUCUGACCGCUAUGAAGGACGCCUGGGAGGACUUCAGGAGGUACCAGUCUGACAGGAAGCUUAACAACAUGCCGUGCUUCAUCUACAGCAGGAAAGCGAAGCAGUUUGUGGAGAGACACUGGAAGGAUGUGCGAGUGGGAGAUUUUGUGAAGGUGGUUUGCAAUGAGAUCAUUCCUGCAGACCUCCUCCUGCUUUACACAUCAGACCCCAACGGUGUGUGUCACAUAGAGACAGCCAACCUGGAUGGAGAGACCAACCUGAAGCAGAGGACAGCUGUGUCUGGAGUCUGCAACACGCAUCCAGAAUUUGAGCCUGAAAGCUUCAAUGGGAUCGUGGUGUGUGAAAAGCCCAACAACAACCUGAAUCAUUUCAAGGGUUACGUAGAGAAACCCGAUAAGCAGAAGGUGGGAGCUGGAAUUGAAAGUCUGCUGCUGCGAGGCUGCACAGUGAGAAACACGGACCAUGCUGUUGGCUUUGUGGUAUAUGCAGGCCGUGAAACCAAAUCCAUGCUCAACAACAGCGGGCCAAGAUACAAGCGCAGCAAACUUGAGCGGAGGCUGAACAUAGACGUCCUCUUCUGCGUCAUUCUCCUCUUCACCAUGUGUCUUAUCGGAGCACUAGGUCACUACUUAUGGCUUAAUGCUAUGCCUGUUGUGCCCCCUUACCUGGUACCCCCCACCAGCGGUCAUCUGUACAGGCCUAGUCUUACUAGUUUCUACAUGUUCUUCACCAUGAUCAUCCUGCUGCAGAUCCUGAUUCCCAUCUCUCUCUACGUAUCCAUCGAGUUGGUCAAGAUUGGCCAGAUUUUCUUCAUCACUAAUGAUAUUGAUUUGUACGACGAGGAGACUGACAGCCGCAUACAGUGUAAGGCUCUGAACAUCACAGAGGACCUGGGGCAGAUUGAAUACAUCUUCUCAGACAAAACAGGCACCCUGACUGAGAACAAGAUGGUGUUUCGGAGAUGCUCCAUCAUGGGAACCGAGUACCCACACAAAGAGAACGCCAUUCGCCUGGCUGUCCUGGAUGAGCCCGAGGCAGAAGAGGAGGUCAUCUUCAACCAGCAUGCACGACCUCUACCGACUCGUUGGUCCUUGGAUAGUGAGGAAGCCAACGCUGAAGACACACAUGGCCAUGGCAGCCGACGCAGAAGCAAAGUCACAGGAAAUGCCCAGAGUGAUGUGGCCUUCAGCAGCCCACUGGAAACUGAGGUGGUCCCAGACGGGAAGCUGUUUCAGAAGAUUAGCGGCAGCCUCAGCCACAGCCAGAAGACAGAUGCUUACCUGGAUUUUUUUCUGGCCCUCGCCAUUUGCAACACAGUGGUGGUUUCCAUGGCAACAACAAAGAGAAGGAGGGUGAGUGUGUCUCCACAAGCCAAGCACACAAAUACUCCACUGGAAACUUUAUCCAGCCUGAUGAGAAAUGCUGGCAGCAUUUUUAAAUUCUGCAAGCGCAAUCCCAAGAGACACCGUACCUUCACAGAGGACUCAGAGGAGAAUUUUCAACCCUCUGGACAAACAGAGGAGGUCGGCAUCACCGCGCUCCGGCCGUGUUCGCUUCAUCCUCCAUCCCUGAGCGACGAGCCCGCGCUGACCUCAGAUAAUCUGAGAUAUGAGGCGGAGAGUCCAGAUGAGGCUGCCUUGGUCUAUGCUGCCAAAGCAUAUGGCUUCAAUCUGCUGUCUCGCACCCCUGACAGCGUUUCAGUGAGACUACCAUCUGGGGAGGUGCUGGAUUUUGAGGUGCUGGACACCUUGACCUUUGACUCCAACAGGAAGAGAAUGUCUGUGUUGGUGCGACACCCAAUCACCAAAGAGUAUAUUCUGUACACUAAAGGCGCAGAUUUUGCAAUCAUGGAAUUACUUGGUACACCCUAUGCAGAGCACUUCAGUGGCAAUAAGAAAAAUAUAGCAACUGUUACUCAGCGUCAUCUCGACUGCUAUGCUAAAGAGGGGCUCCGCACACUGUGCAUCGCAAAGAAGGUUGUGAGUGAAGCAGUGUAUAAACACUGGUCAGUGGACAGAAAGAACGCUAUGGCUGCUAUAGAGAAUAGAGAGAGGCUCGUCAUGGACACUGCUGUGCAGCUAGAGAAAAAUCUCACCCUGCUAGGAGCUACAGGCAUUGAAGACCGUCUGCAGGAGAACGUUCCAGACACCAUCCAGGCACUGCGCGAGGCAGGGAUCAAGGUGUGGGUGCUGACAGGUGACAAGCCAGAGACAGCUGUCAACAUUGGAUAUGCUUGUGGGCUCCUUGAAGACGAAGACCUGGUGAUAAAUAUGGGCUGCAAAGACAAGCUCACGUGUACGAACAUCCUGGACUGCACCCUGGAAGAAGUGAGGAGGUACAACGCUGAUCCUCGUAAUGUGGAUACCACCCUAAACAUGUCUCUGGUGAUUGACGGUCUUACCCUGGAAAAGGCUUUGUCUCCGGACCUGCUGGAUCGCUUUGUGGCCCUGGUGAAGCACUGCCGCGCCGUGCUCUGCUGCAGAGUCACGCCGUUACAGAAGAGCCGAGUGGUGAAAGUGAUCCGGGAGAAACUCAAGGUCAUGACACUCGCCGUUGGUGAUGGUGCAAAUGAUGUAAAUAUGAUCCAAGCAGCUGACAUUGGCAUUGGGAUAUCUGGACAGGAGGGGAUGCAGGCCGCCAUGGCCAGUGAUUUUGCCAUAUCUCGCUUCAAACACCUGAAGAAACUUCUCCUGGUCCACGGACACUGGUGCUACACUCGACUGGCCAACAUGAUCAUUUAUUUCUUCUAUAAGAACGUGGCCUACGUAAACCUGCUGUUCUGGUAUCAGUUCUUCUGCGGAUUCUCUGCCACUGCCAUGAUCGACUACUGGCUGAUGAUUUUCUUCAACCUUUUCUUCACCUCUGUGCCACCCAUAAUGUUUGGAGUCAUGGACAAAGACAUCUCAGCAGAGAUGCUGCUGGGUGUGCCCGAGCUGUACAAGACUGGACAGGGUGAAGGGGAUUACAGGUUUACAACUUUCUGGGUUUCCAUCCUCGAUGCCUUCUAUCAGAGUCUGGUCUGCUUCUUUGUUCCAUAUUUUGUCUACCAGGAUUCAGACAUUGAUAUGUUCACUUUUGGAACACCUAUGAACACAUCUGCUUUAUUUAUCAUCCUGAUGCAUCUGUCAAUAGAGAUCAAAUCCUGGACGGUGGUUCACUGGAUAAUCAUGCUGGGCAGUGUGGCAUUGUACUUCAUCGUGACACUCGCCUACAGCGCCGUCUGUGUAACCUGCAACCCUCCCUCUAACCCUUACUGGAUCCUCCAGAGCCAGAUGGAGGACCCCAUGUUCUACCUUAUCUGCAUCCUCUCCACUGUGGUGGCUCUCCUGCCCAGGUACAUUUUUCACGUGCUGCAGAACUCUAUCGCCCUCUCCCCGUUCAUACAAGCUAAGCAUCUGGACCGUAAGGACCCCUCCAUCAGAGAAGAGUGGAUGAAGGAGUUGAGGAGCUACAGGGGCGGCGGGCAGGUCAAACGCUCUAGGCUCUCUACCCCACCCUCUCCCACCCUGGAGACCCCUGUGGACUUCAUUCACGAGUCUCUUGCGGUUGCUGAUAUCAUGGGGGAUGAUUUCACACUGAAUGCCAUAGCUAAAAACUAGCAAAAGUCUGCAGACUCACAGGGAACAUGAAGGGAAAAGGAAUUCUAAGAUGAUUAUUUAUUCAGAGGAUUUUAUAUAUAUGAAGUCCCCCUGUAUACAUUAAUGUUUCAUUUUUGAAAUGCAAUCAGGGAGAUACUGCUGCUCUCUAACUGGAGUUUAUUUUGCAAUA